AUGGCACGCAAAUCGACAGACUUUUCGCAGUCACUCUUGACGUUCCAGUCGGGCUCCACUUCAGAUUCUCUGGGACGCCGUAGCGCAGGGCCGCCUUCGAAUGUCCUCGCUAAGACUGGAACUGAGCCGACAUAUGCAAACACACCAAAGAGUAAAGAAUUAGAAUCGAUGAGAACAAAAUAUGUACUUCAAAAUAAGUCCUUGGCAAAAAGUAAUUCAUUGAUGUCUAGCAAGAUAUCAGAUAUGGAGCAGAAGAUAAGUGAACUAAUUAAUGAGAAUUUGAGAUUGCGGAAAGCUAAGUCAACAAAGGAUGCAGAGACGAAGAAAGACUUGGAAGAAACCUUUAGUCGCUUAGAAUCAAGUCUUAUGCUUAAAGUUGAUGAGAUAUUUCAAUUGCUCAAGAAGAUGAGAGAAUUAGAGGGAUUGAACCACAAUCCCCUGUUGGAUAUAUUAGCAAACCUCGAUCGCCCAGUAACAUCUACUCCGAUCUUAAGCGAUCGAAUAAAUGACUACGAUGCAUAUGAAUCUCUUGAGUUUCUAGAGCAAGGUAAAGAUCAGGUGGUAUCAAUCAAGGACGAUUCUACAGACAUAAGAACCACAGUUCUUGAUAAAGAUAAGACUUCUUCCAAAGCUGAUAAUCACUUACAUCCCACUAUUUUUGAGGUAAGUUGUAACUCAGAGAAUUCUUCACUCCUAGAGUCUCAUAAUAAUAAAAUCGUACCUAUAAGUCUCUCGCCCGACAGUUCUGAUUUAAAAAAUCGAAAACUGACUGAAACUGAAGAGCAAAACAGCUACAAAACUCACGAUUUCGGCACAAAAAUAACUCAAAGUAUACUGAAUAAAUCUGCAACCAGAGUGAACUCCAUAGGUAACGCUGAAUCUGCGAAAAAAAAACAUACUAAAGUUCUUGAUGAGAAAUCAACAUCAACAUCAACAUCAAGCAUAGAAUUAGCCAGAAGGCCAUCACGCAAUAGAAGACAGGUGAAUUAUGCGGCACCAUCUUUAAGAGCGAAAAUGCGACGUGAUUCUGAAAAACCGUUAGACGCUGUGGGAGAUGAUGUUCUAAUAAGUCAUGUUGUUAACUAUCCACUUGUUGCAAGAGAUCAGCUGAGGUGUGAUCCAAAGAUAGAGAGCUCAGAGGAAGGAAAUAUUUCAACUGUAAAACGUGUCAAGUCACCGCCCACAACAAACCCAUCAAAAAAAAUUAAGAGAACUCCACUAGGCAAUAUUACAAAUGCAAGCAUUAAUAAGCAUGACUCUAUUGACUCAUUAUCCAAAUCAAGUCAGCGUUUUGCGGCUAGUAAUAGCAAUAAGACUGGUGAAAAAACUGAGAACGACUUUGCUGUCUUCGACUUCAUAGAGGAAGACGUUGGAAAUCCAAAUCUUUACACUGGUAGAAGGUAA